CCUGCAAAUAACGACGGUGUAAGGAGGCUAUAUAACAUGUCAUGUGUAUCUCGUACAUACGACUAAUACAACUUCAAACUAGGUAUUUUACACUGCUUGAUUCAACCAUUACUUGGCGAGUGGUGUGUGGCAGCCUCGGUUAUCUUCCCCGAACCUGUAUGUCUCGAGGGAGCAUCUAUUUAAACAGCCCAACGCGGGAUACAGACCAAGGAGUUGCCUUUCGAUGGCCUUUAAUUUUUAUGUGAAACGGGCGGGAGGACAUUCCCAAUUCAACCUGGUAGCGUAAUUUAUUGCUGUAUAACACGUCGUGGAGCGAUACCGCGGUUGGACCAGUGCAGUCAAGGUUGAACGCCAUGGAGGAACUUAAGGAGAAUACUAAGAGGUAUCCUUUGGUGCGGGCUGCAUCUGAGGAGAGCUCCAGUGAGCUGAGCAGCUCUCCGUUCCCUGGAGACACCAUGCCCUGGAACCUCUCCAAACACCACCAGAUCAAACGUUCCAAGUCUACCUCCGGAGAUGUGCAUGUGCUGGACUCGGCGGAGAGGGCCGUUCUCCGUAUCGCAGAUGAACGGGACCGGGUACAGAAGAAGACCUUCACAAAAUGGGUCAACAAGCACUUGAUGAAGCACUGGAGAGCAGAGGCACAGCGGCAUAUCACUGAUCUGUACGAGGACCUCCGAGAUGGACACAACCUCAUCUCCCUGCUGGAGGUGCUCUCUGGAGAGACACUGCCCAGGGAGAAGGGGCGCAUGCGCUUCCACAAACUGCAGAAUGUACAGAUCGCACUGGACUUCCUCAAACACAGACAGGUCAAACUGGUCAACAUCAGAAAUGAUGACAUCGCUGAUGGAAACCCCAAGCUGACCCUGGGCCUGAUAUGGACCAUCAUCCUUCACUUCCAGAUCUCCGACAUCCAGGUGAAUGGCCAGUCAGACGACAUGACGGCCAAGGAGAAGCUGCUGCUGUGGUCCCAGCGCAUGGUGGAGGGAUACCAGGGGAUGCGCUGCGACAACUUCACCACCAGCUGGAGGGACGGCAAGCUCUUCAACGCCGUCAUACACAAACACAGGCCUACUCUGAUUGACAUGAGUAAGGUGUACCGACAGACCCAUGUAGAGAACCUGGAGCAGGCCUUCAGUGUGGCAGAGAGAGACCUGGGUGUCACUCGGCUGCUCGACCCAGAAGAUGUGGAUGUGCCACACCCAGACGAGAAGUCCAUCAUCACAUACGUGUCCUCCAUGUAUGACGUCAUGCCCCGUGUACCUGACGUCCAGGAUGGGGUGAAAGCCAAUGAGCUGGAGCUGCGCUGGCAGGAGUACUAUGACCUGGUGACCCUGCUGUUGCAGUGGAUCAGACACCACGUCAUCGUGUUUGAGGAGAGGAAGUUCCCUACCAGCUAUGAGGAGAUUGAGGUUCUUUGGCGCCAGUUUCUGAAGUUCAAGGAGACAGAGCUGCCGGCAAAGGAAGCUGACAAGAAUCGAUCCAAACAUGUCUACAAGUCAUUUGAGGGUGCAGUUCAGGUGGGUCAUGUCAAGGUGCCCCCUGGAUACCACCCUAUCGAUGUGGAGAAGGAGUGGGGUCGUCUGCAUGUGGCCAUAUUGGAGAGAGAGCGUCUUCUAAGGACAGAAUUUGAGAGGCUGGAGCGGCUGCAGAGGAUUGUCAGUAAGGUCCAGAUGGAGUCUGGGGUGUGUGAGGAGCAGCUCAACCAGGUUGAGGGCCUGCUACAGAUGGAUGUCCGUUUGCUGAACUCAGGAAAGCCUGCUAAGCACACAGCAGAGAUAGAUACAGACCUGGACAAGGCCGAGGGCAUGAUCCGGUACCUCUUCAACGAUGUGCAGCUGCUGAAGGAUGGACGCCACCUACAAGCUGAACAGAUGUACCGCAGAGUGUACCGUCUCCACGAGCGGCUGGUGAACCUGCGCAGUGAGUACAAUCUGCGCCUGAAGUCCGGGGUUACCAUCACCCAGAUGUCCCAGAUGCAAACCCUUCAGCAGGCACCCAUGAGGGUGCGUCCCGAGCUGGAUGAGGUGACCCUGCGCUACAUCCAGGACCUGCUGGCCUGGGUGGAGGAGAACCAGAGGCGGGUGGACCGGGGGGAAUGGGGCUCGGACCUGCCCACCGUGGAGUCCCAGCUGGGCAGCCACCGCGGCCUUCACCAGUCAGUGGAGGAGUUCCAUGCUAAGAUUGGCAGGGCAAAGGCAGACGAGAGUCAGCUCUCCCCUGUCAGCAAAGGUGCCUACAGAGACAACUUAACCAAGCUAGAGUUGCAUUAUGGCAAGCUUUUGAGUUCUUCCAAGGCUCGUCUGCACAGCCUGGACGGGCUUCAUGCCUUUGUCACUGCAGCCACCAAGGAGUUGAUGUGGCUGAAUGAAAAGGAAGAGGAGGAGGUUAACUAUGACUGGAGCGAACGCAACACCAACAUGACAGCCAAGAAAGACAACUACUCGGGGUUGAUGAAAGAGCUGGAGCACAGGGAGAAGAGGGUCAACAGUGUCCAGGUCCAAGGAGACAAACUACUGAAGGAGGGUCACCCUGCCAAGACGACUGUAGAGGCCUUCACUGCAGCACUGCAGACCCAGUGGAGCUGGAUCCUGCAGCUCUGCUGUUGCAUCGAGUCCCACCUCAAAGAGAACACUGCCUACUUCCAAUUUUUCUCCGACGUGAAAGAGGCAGAGGAGACGAUGAAAAAGAUGCAGAAGACAAUGAAGAAGAAAUACACAUGCAACCGUAACAUCACUGUGACACGACUCGAGGACUUGUUACAGGACGCGGCUGAUGAGAAGGAGCAACUGAAAGAGUUUAAGACCCAUUUGGAUGGGCUGAACCGGAGGGCCAAGACCAUUGUCCAGCUGAAGCCACGUAACCCAGCAACACCAGUUAAGGGCAAAUUGCCUGUCCAGGCCGUCUGCGACUUCAAACAGAUGGAGCUCACAGUUCACAGAGGGGAGGAGUGUGUACUGCUGGACAACUCUCAGCCGUACAAGUGGAAGGUGCAGAACCCCAAAGGCAGCAAGGCCACCGUGCCCUCCAUCUGUUUCCUGGUUCCUCCCACCAAUAAUGACGCAGUGAGCGGUGUCUCAGGUCUGGACACUAGUCACCAGAAUCUGCUGGUCCUGUGGCAGAUGCUGUAUGUGGACAUGAAGAGCCUCAUGUCCUGGCAGUACCUGAUGAGAGACAUCCACCUCAUCAGCUCAUGGAACAUCACCGCGUUUAAGACCCUGAGGGUGGAGGAGUACAGGCUAGCUUUGAGGAACCUGGAACUCCACUACCAAGAGUUCCUAAGAGACAGCCAGGACUCCCAGCUGUUUGGUGCAGACGACCGCAUGCAGGUGGAGAGUAGCUACAACAAGGCUAGCCAGCACUACGAAGGACUGCUGCACUCUCUGGAGAAAGGCUAUGUGUCACCCUCUGGAGGUGAGCAAGAUGAAUCUGAGUGCCGAAGCUACCUGACCAAGAUCAAGGACCUGUGUCUGAAGCUGGAGGGCUGUGAGACUCGCACCGUCGCACAUCUGCGACAGCCCGUGGACAAGGAGCCGCUCAAGGCUUGCGCCCAGAGGACCGCUGAGCAGAAGAAAGUCCAGUCAGAGUUGGAGGGCUUGAAGAAAGACCUGACCAAUGUGGCUGAGAAGACAGAGGAGGUGCUGGCAUCUCCUCAGCAGUCCGGCUCCACCCCAGUACUGCGCUCUGAGCUAGAUAUUACGCUGAAGAAGAUGGAGCACGUCUACAGCCUGUCGUCCGUGUACCUGGACAAACUGAAGACCAUCGACAUAGUGAUCCGCAGCACAAAGGGAGCAGAGGACACCCUCAAAAAGUAUGAAGCCCGUUUACGAGACGUAAACAAGAUGCCAACAGAUGAAAAAGAGGUGGAGAACUACCACACCCAGCUAAAGACAAUGCGUGGCGAGGCAGAGGAUGACCAGCAGACGUUCGACAAUCUCCAGGUGGAACUGAAAAAGGCGGCGGCCGUGAAUGAGCGGAUUAAGCUGGUCCACAGCGAGCACAACACCGAGCUGGAACACUACCGCCACCUGGUGGCCGGGCUAGAGGAGCGCUGGCAGGUCGUGUUUGCCCAGAUAGACCUGCGCCAACAGGAACUGGACUUGCUGGGGAGGCAGAUGUGCGCCUACCACGAGAGCUAUGACUGGCUCAUCAGAUGGCUCGGUGAUGCCAAGCAAAGGCAGGAGAAGAUCCAGGCCAUGCCCAUCGGCGACAGCAAGGCCCUUAUGCAACAGUUGGCACAGGAGAAGAAACUCCUAGAAGAGAUCGAGAAGAACAAAGAUAAGGUUGAGGAGUGUCAAAAACAUGCAAGGGCAUAUAUUGAUGCGGUCAAGGACUAUGAGCUUCAGGUGGUGACGUACAAAGCUCUGGUGGAGCCCCUGGCUUCGCCCCUUAGGAAAACCAAAAUGGAGUGUGCAUCUGACAAUAUCAUCCAAGAGUAUGUGACUCUGAGAACCCGCUACAGUGAGCUAAUGACUCUGACCAGCCAGUACAUCAAGUUUAUCACGGAGACACAGCGCCGCCUUGAGGACGAGGAGAAAGCUACUGAAAUACUAAAGAAGGAGGAGAGAAAAAAGCUGUCUGAGAUGCAGGCUGAAUUAGACAAACAAAGACAGUUAGCUGAGGCACACGCAAAAGCUAUCGCUAAAGCGGAACAAGAAGCCCAGGAGCUCAAGUUGAAAAUGAAAGAAGAGGUCAGCAGGAGGGAGGUUGUGAAAGUGGAUUCGGAGAAACAGAAGCACAACAUACAGCAGCAGCUGCACGAACUCAAGAACCUGUCAGAGCAAGAGAUCCAAUCCAAGAGCCAGCAGGUUGAGGAGGCACUGUACAGUCACACCAAGAUAGAAGAGGAGAUCCACAUCAUCAGAAUCCAAUUAGAGACCACCAUAAAGCAGAAGGCCACUGCUGAGGCCCAAGUUCAGCAGCUCAGGGACAUGGCUGUCGAGGCUGAGAGACUGAGAAAAGUUACUCAGGAGGAGGCAGAGAAGCUUCGCAAGCAGGUGAAUGAAGAGACUCAGAAAAAGCGCAACGCGGAGGAGGAGCUGAAACACAAAGCGGAGGCAGAACAAGAGGCUGCCAAGCAAAAGCAGAAGGCCCUGGAUGAGGUGCAGAAGUUCAAGAUGCAAGCUGAAGAGGCAGAGAGGCGCAUGAAACAGGCAGAGGAGGAGAAGCAGAGGCAGGUCAUGGUUGCAGAGGAGGUGGCACAGAAGAGUGCCGCCACCGAGCUGCAAACCAAACGCAUGUCCUUUAACGAGAAGGCAGUAAAGCUCGAGGCAUCACUGAAACAAGAACAGGACACUGUUAUUCAGUUGCAGGAACAGGCAGAGCGCCUCAAGAAGCAACAAGAGGAAGCCAACAAAGCCAGGGAGGAAGCAGAGAAGGAACUUGAGAAGUGGAGGCAGAAAGCCAACGAGGCACUCCGUUUGAGACUCCAGGCUGAGGAAGAUGCCCAUAAGAAGAGCCAGGCUCAGGAGGAAGCAGAGAAGCAGAAAGAGAACGCUCAGCGAGAGGCAAAGAAAAGGGCUAAGGCUGAAGAGGCUGCUCUUAAGCAAAAGGAAAUGGCAGAGACGGAGCUGGAGAAACAGAGGGAAUUGGCAGAGGGAAUGGCCCAGCAGAAACUCUCUGCAGAGCAAGAGCUAAUUCGCUUAAAGGCUGACUUUGACCAUGGUAAGCAACAGAGGUCUCUAUUGGAUGAAGAGCUCCAGCGCCUGAAAAAUGAGGUGAAUGCUGCUGUAAAACAAAGGAAAGAGCUAGAAGACGAACUGGCCAAAGUAAGAUGUGAAAUGGAAGUUCUUCUUCAGAUGAAGUCCAAAGCUGAGAAGGAGACCAUGUCUACAACAGAGAAAAGCAGAAAUCUCCUUGAGUCUGAGGCAUCGAAAAUGAGGCAACUAGCUGAAGAGGCGACUAAGCUGAGAUCAAUUGCUGAAGACGCAAAGAAGCAGAGGCAGGUAGCGGAGGAUGAGGCAGCUCGGCAAAGAGGAGAGGCUGAGAAGAUACUCAAGGAAAAACUGGCAGCCAUUAAUGAAGCAACUUGUCUGAAAACUGAAGCUGAGAUUGCCCUGAAGGAUAAAGAGGCCGAAAAUGAGCGACUUAGGAGAAAAGCCGAAGAUGAGGCUUAUCAGAGAAAGGUCCUGGAAGACCAAGCAAAACAGCACAAGCAAGACAUUGAUGAAAAGAUCACCCAGCUUAAGAAAACCUCUGAUUCUGAAUUGGAGAGGCAGAAGAAGAUUGUAGAGGAAACUCUUAAGCAGAGGAGGGUGGUCGAAGAGGAGAUUCGCAUACUAAAACUAAACUUUGAGGUGGCAUCAACAGGCAAGUUGGAUCUUGAGUUGGAGUUGAACAAGCUUAAAGGCAUUGCAGAUGAGACACAUAAGAACAAAGUCAAGGCGGAGGAAGAAUCAGAGAAACUCAGAAAGCAUGCUUUAGAGGAGGAGAACAAAAGGAAGCAAGCUGAAGAGAAAGUAAAAAAGAUCACUGCAGCAGAGGAAGAGGCAGCGCGUCAAUGCCAGGCAGCUCAGAAAGAAGUGGAGCGCCUUAAAAAGAUUGCUGCUGAUGCUAACAAGCAAAAGGAGGAUGCUGACAAAGAAACAGAGAAACAGAUUAGUCUAGCCAAAGAGGCUGCACAUAAAUGUAGUGCUGCAGAAAAGAGAGCACAGGCUGUUCUGGUCAAGCAGAAAGAGGACAAUCUUUUCCAGGGCAAGCUCAAAGAGGAGUUUGACAAGGCUAAGAAUCUUGUACAAGAAGCUGAGAAGGCGAAAGAGAAAGCUGAGAAAGAGGCUGCUUUACUCCGUCAAAAAGCAGAGGAUGCUGAGAAGCAGAAGAAAGCAGCUGAAGCUGAGGCUGCCAAACAGGCCAAGGCUCAGGGGGAUGCUGAGAGACUGAGGAUGGAAGCAGAGCAGGAGGCUGCAAAGCAAGCAGAAGCUGAGGCUGCUGCUCUGAAACAGAAACAGCAGGCAGAUGCAGAGAUGGCCAAGCACAAAAAGCUAGCUGAACAAACAGUGAAGCAGAAGAAACAAGUUGAGCAGGAGCUGACAAAGGUGAAACUACGACUGGAUGAGACUGAUAAGCAGAAAUCUGUUUUGGAUGAAGAGCUUCAGCGCCAGAAGGAUGAAGUUAGCAAUGCUGUCAAGCAGAAAGCUCAAGUGGAGGAUGAGCUAUUCAAGAUAAAGGUCCAGAUGGAGGAGCUGGUCAAACUUAAGCUUAGAAUUGAGAAUGAAAACCAGCGUCUCAUGAGUAAAGACAAAGAAAAUACUCAGAAAUUCCUGGAAGAGGAAGCUGAGAACAUGAAGAAGCUUGCGGAGGAUGCUGCCAGGCUAAGCUUAGAAGCUCAGGAGGCAGCCCGAGAGAGACAGAUUACAGAGUCCGAGCUUGAAGAACAGAGGGCUCUUGCUGACAAAAUGCUGAAGGAGAAAAUGCAAGCUAUCCAAGAAGCAGCUAAACUGAAAGCUGAGGCAGAGAAUCUCCAGAAACUAAAGGACAAGGCUCAGAAGCAGGCCCAAAAACUGCUGGAGGACAAGCAGCAGAUGCAGCAACGUUUUGAGGAGGAGACAGAGGGCUUCCAAAAAUCCCUAGAGGCUGAGCGCAAGAGGCAGCAUGAAGCUACGGUGGAGGCAGAAAAACUGAAGCUUAGGGUGACACAGCUUAGUGAUGCUCAGUCUAAAGCAGAAGAGGAGGCCAAGAAAUUCAAGAAACAAGCAGAUGAGAUCAGGGUUCGUCUCCAAGAGAAAGAGCAACAUGCUUCAGAAAACGUAAUUGUAGAGAAACUGGAGGUGCAGAGAUUACAGAGCAGCAAAGAGUCUGAUGACCUACGCAAAGCCAUAGCUGACCUUCAGAAGGAAAAUGAGAAAUUACAAAAAGAGGCUGCAGAUCUACAGAACAAUUCUAAAGAGAUGGCCAAUGCCCAACAGGAACAAAUUAAUAAGGAAAAGAUCGUUCUUGAGCAGACUUUCUUGACAGAAAAACAAUUGUUGUUGAAAAAAGAAAAGCUCAUUGAAGAAGAGAAAAAUAAGCUUGAGAAACAGUUUGAGGAUGAGGUUAAGAAGGCCAAAUAUCUCAAAGAUGAGCAGGAUCGUCAAAGGAAGCAGAUGGAACAGGAGAAGAAUAAACUCCACGCUACAAUGGAUGCCGCUGUUAAAAAGCAGAAGGAUGCUGAGGACGAGAUGAGCAACAAGCAGAAAGAGUUGCAGGAUCUUGAAAAGAAAAGGCUUGAACAAGAGAAAUUGUUGGGUGAGGAGAAUGAAAAGCUCAGAGAGAAGCUGCAGCAACUUUCUACAUUAAAAACAUCAGCAAAAUCCCACACUAAAGAAAUGGAGAUGCAAACGGAUGAGGUCCCUGAAGAUCAGCUGAUUGCAAUGACAAUGGUGGGAACAACAAAGAAAGUAUUCGAUGGGUCUGCAGUAGUUGAUGGUGAGAAGAAAAACGAAGAAUUACCAUUUUCUUUCGAUGGGAUUAGGGAGAAGGUUCCUGCCAGCAGGCUCCAUGACAUUGGUAUACUGAACAAGAAGGACUUUGAUAGGCUGAAAAAAGGCAAAACCACGGUGAAAGACCUGAGCAAGACUGAGAAAGUGAAAACAUGUCUCAAAGGCAAGAAUAGUGUUGGCGGAGUCUUGACUGCAGCCAAGCAAAAAAUGAGUGUGUAUCAGGCCAUGAAAGAGAAUAAACUUUCUCCUGGCGCUGCCACAAUGCUUCUUGAAGCUCAGGCAGCAUCUGGGUUCAUCAUCGAUCCAGUGAAAAACAGAAUGCUUACUGUCGAUGAAGCUGUAAAGGAGCAAUUAAUAGGUCCAGAACUCCAUAACAAAAUGCUUUCUGCAGAAAAAGCAGCUACUGGUUACAAAGAUCCUUACACUGGAGACAAAAUCUCACUCUUUGAGGCCAUGAAAAAAGGUCUGAUUGAACAAGACCAGGCCGUUAGACUUCUGGAUGCUCAGAUUGCAACUGGUGGAAUAAUUGACCCUGUCAAUAGUCACCGUGUGCCUCUCCAGACAGCCUAUAAGCAGGGCCAAUUGGAUGCUGAGAUGAGCAAAACUCUAUCAAACCCUACUGAUGACUCAAAGUUAUUCAUUGACCCAAGCUCUCAGGAGAGCCUCACUUAUCAGCAACUAUUGGAGAAAUGCACCCCAGAUGCAGAGACAGGCCUACUUAUGUUACCAAUCACAGAGAAAGCUACACAAAGUGACAAGACCUACACAACUGAAGAAACUAAAGAGGUACUCACUAAAGCGAAUAUCUCUGUACCAUUUGGAAGAUUCCAAGGAAAGACUGUGACCAUUUGGGAAAUCAUUAACUCAGAGUAUUUCACAGAGGCACAGAGGAAGGAUCUGAUUCGCCAGUACAAGACCGGAAAAAUUACUGUGGAAAAAAUUAUCAAAAUUGUAAUUAGCGUUGUGGAAGACAAAGAGAAGAGGAAUGAAAUUGUGUUUGACGGUCUGAGGAUUCCUGUCACUGCAGCUGAACUUCUAGAAUCUAAGAUCCUCAAUAAAGACCUGUUCAACAAAUUGCAUAAUGGUAAAACAACUGUCAAAGAAAUCUCUGAGAUGGAGCCUGUUAAGAAAGCCUUAAGGGGUACACAUAGCAUUGCUGGAGUGAUCAUUGAGUCAACAAAUGAGAAAAUACCAUUCUAUCAAGCUGUAAAGGAACAGAUGCUCUCUCCCGAGACUGCAUUGACUCUUCUUGAAGCUCAAGCUGGGACUGGAUUUGUAAUUGACCCUGUCAAAAAUCAGAAGCUCACUGUGGAUGAGGCUGUUAAAUCAGGUCUUGUUGGCCCAGAGAUGCAUGAAAUACUUAUGUCUGCAGAGAGAGCUGUUAAUGGGUACAAAGAUCCCUACACUGGAAAGAAUCUAUCCCUAUUUGAGGCAAUGUUGAAAGACCUCAUUAAGAAAGACCAGGGUAUCCGUCUGCUAGAGGCUCAGCUUGCAACUGGAGGUAUAAUUGAUCCAGUUAAAAGUUAUCACAUCCCACAUGAUGUUGCCUGCAAACGUGGAUAUUUUAACGAUGAAACAAACAAGACCUUGAGCAGCAACACUGAUGAAACUAAAGUUUUCUUUGAUCCUAACAUGUGGGAGAAUGCAUCUUAUGUACAACUCAUGAAAAAAUGUGUCACUGACAAAGAGACUGGUUUUCCAUUUCUUCCGCUCUCAGAGAAAGCAAUUCAAAAGUCAAAAGAGGGACAUUAUAAGUCAAAAGAGGAACAUCAAUACACUGAGGUCCAGAUCAAAGAUGCCCUGAACCAGGCAACUAUGGAUCUGCCAUAUGGACCUUUCAAAGGAAGGAAAGUCACUAUUUGGGAGAUCAUAAACUCUGAAUAUAUUACAGAGGAACAAAGAAUUGAGUUGAUUCGACAGUACAGAACUGGAACAGUGACGAUUGAAAGAAUGAUUACAAUCAUUGUCACAAUGGUUGAUGAAAAGGAGGCUAAGAAACAGGAAAAGGAACAGGCCAGCUUUGAAGGGCUUAGGUCAUCUGUCACUGCCAGCUCAUUGUUUGAAUCCAAAAUAAUUGAUAAAGAUACAUAUGAUCAACUCCAACAGGGUAAAAAGAAACCCAAAGAAAUCAGUGACAUUGACUCAGUCAGAAAGUACUUGCAAGGAACAGAUGGACAGAUUGUAGGCAUCUAUAUGGGUGAAUCAAAGGAAAAGGUUAGCAUUUAUCAAGCAAUGAAGAAGAACAUAUUGAGACAAAAUACAGGUCUUUCGUUGCUCAUGGCACAAGCAGCAACCGGUUUCAUUAUCGAUCCUGUCAAAAACCAGAGGUACACUGUGGAUGAUGCUGUGAAAGCAGGAGUUGUUGGUCCUGAGGUUCACGAGAAACUUCUGUCAGCAGAGAAAGCAGUGACUGGCUACAGAGAUCCAUACACGGGCAACACGAUUUCCCUCUUCCAAGCCAUGAAGAAGGAGCUUGUGCUGCGAGAACAUGCUAUUCCCCUGUUGGAAGCUCAGGUGGCCACAGGAGGGAUUAUUGAUCCAGUCAGCAGCCACUGUGUUCCAAAUGAUGUGGCCUUCCAACGUGGCUAUUUCAAUAAGCAAAUGGCUAAUAACUUCACUGACCCCUCAGGGGAUAUCAAAGCUUUCAUUGAUCCCAACAAUAAUGAAAGUUCCACCUACAAACAACUGCAAGAGAAAUGCAUAAGAGAUGCAGAUACCGGUCUGUGCUUCCUGCCGCUAUCAAAGGCUGAAGCUCAAAGUCCCGUGGAAAAGUCAUACGUAUACACUGAAGAAAUGGCACAGACAGACUUGACUAACACUCAAGUGGACAUCCCUCAUCAGAGCUAUGCAGGGAAGGUAAUGACCCUAUGGGAUGUCAUGGGGUCAAACCUUCUCCCUGAGGAGGAAAAGCUAAGGCUCCUGGAGCAGUAUCGCCUCGGGCAAAUCACAAAGGAGAGAAUGAUCAUCAUCGUCAUUGAAAUCAUUGAACAAAGGGAGAUACUGAAAGUAGAGCAGAGCAUGUCCUGUGAUGUGAUCAGACGAAGAGUCACUAUUGAGGAGCUCUAUAGUUCUCGCAUUAUCGACCUUCAAACAUACAACAUGUUGAAGCAAGAGAAGAAAACUAUCCGGGAGGUAAUGGAAAUGCCAUCUGUAAAGCAGUAUUUGUUUGGCACAGGCAGUAUUGCUGGAAUCCUCUCAGACUCCCCCUCUAAGGUUAGUAUUUACCAGGCCAUGAAGAGAGGUCUCAUUAAGUCUGAUUUUGCUAUCAGUCUCCUGGAGGCCCAAGCGGCAACAGGAUUCAUCAUUGACCCUGUGAAAGAAGAAUUGCUAACAGUUGACGAAGCUGUGCGCAAAGGGCUAGUCGGCCCUGAAAUCCAUGACAAACUUCUCUCUGCCGAGAGGGCAGUCACUGGCUACAAGGAUCCUUACAGUGGAAAAGUAAUCUCUCUCUUCCAAGCGAUGAAAAAAGACCUUGUUCCUGAGGACUAUGCCCUGAGGCUCCUUGAAGCCCAGGCUUCCACUGGGGGGCUUAUGGAUCCAGAAUACUACUUUCACCUUCCCACAGAUGUUGCCAUGCAACGCGGAUACAUCAAUAAGGAAACGCAUGACAGGAUCACUGAUCCAAACAGUGAUGUACAAGGUUAUGUUGAUCCAACCACAGAGGAGAGACAGACCUAUGCCCAGCUGCUGAAGAGAUGCAAAGCUGAUAAAGAGAGUGGCCUGCGAUUACUUUCACUGGCCGACAGAAGGCUGCUUUUCAAGGGUCUCAGAAAGCAAAUCACCUUAGAUGAGCUGCUUCGUUCACAGAUUAUUGACCAAAAGACAUACAAUGAGCUCACUGAAGGCCUUAUCUCAGUAGAGGAGGUCAGCAGAGAAGUGAAGAAGUACCUUGAGGGUACAAGCUGCAUUGCCGGAGUAUAUGUAGAAUCCAGCAAAGACCGUCUGUCCAUCUACCAAGCAAUGAAAAAGAACAUGAUAAGACCCGGGACAGCCUUUGAACUUCUUGAGGCUCAAGCAGCAACAGGAUAUAUAAUUGACCCAAUAAAGAACCUGAAGCUGAAUGUUGGUGAAGCUGUUAAAAUGGGAGUUGUUGGUCCAGAGUUCAAAGACAAGCUCAUCUCUGCUGAGCGUGCCGUUACAGGCUACAAGGAUCCGUACUCUGGCAAGAUCAUCUCUCUAUUCCAGGCCAUGAAAAAGGGUCUCAUUCUGAAAGACCACGGCAUUCGCCUAUUGGAAGCCCAAAUUGCCACUGGUGGGAUCAUUGACCCAGAAGAGAGUCACCGCUUGCCAGUCGAGAUGGCCUACACACGUGGCCUGUUUGAUGAGGAGAUGAAUGGCAUUCUUACAGACCCAUCUGAUGACACUAAAGGCUUCUUUGACCCUAACACUGAGGAGAACCUCACUUACCUGCAACUGAUGGAGCGAUGUAUGAUUGACCCGGAAACUGGACUAGCACUUUUGCUGUUGAAAGAAAAGAAACGUGAGAGGAAGACAUCCUCUAAAUCGUCUGUGCGUAAACGCAGGGUAGUCAUUGUUGACCCAGAGACAGGCAAAGAGAUGUCUGUAUAUGAGGCAUAUCGCAAAGGACUUAUAGAUCAACAGACCUACAUGGAGCUUGCAGAGCAAGAGUGUGAGUGGGAGGAGAUUACUAUAACCUCAUCUGAUGGUGUUGUGAAGUCCAUGAUCAUUGAUAGGAGGUCUGGCCGACAGUAUGACAUUGAUGAUGCAAUCACAAAGGGCCUCAUUGACCAGUCUGCUCUGGAUCAAUACCGUGCUGGAACUCUGUCCAUCACAGAGUUUGCAGACAUGUUGUCCGGAAACAUAACUGGCACCAGAUCCAGGUCAUCCUCUUUCGGGUCCACAUCAUCUUACUCCAGUAGCCCAGCUCCCUCUAUCAAACCCCCAGCAACAAUAUGGAAUGACCCAACAGAAGAAACCGUGCCUGUGGCUGGAAUACUGGAUACUGACACAUUGGAAAAGGUGUCUGUCACAGAAGCCAUGCACAGAAAUCUUGUGGACAAUAUCACAGGUCAAAGAUUGCUGGAAGCUCAGGCUUGCGUUGGUGGCAUCAUUGAUCCAAACACUGGAGAGAAGUUCUCAGUUUCAGAUGCAAUGAACAUGGGACUUGUGGAUAAGAUCAUGGUUGACCGAAUCAACCUGGCACAGAAGGCCUUCAAUGGAUUUGAGGAUCCCAGAACCAAAAAAAAAAUGUCUGCUGCACAAGCAUUAAAAAAAGGGUGGUUGUACUAUGAGGCGGGUCAGAGAUUCCUGGAAGUACAAUAUCUAACUGGUGGUUUGAUCGAACCAGAGGUCACUGGCAGAGUUCCACUAGACGUUGCAGUCAACAAGGGCACCCUAGAUGCACGUACUGCACAAAAGCUACGAGAUGUCAGUGGAUACUCCAAAUAUCUCACCUGUCCAAAGACAAAGCUUAAGAUCUCAUACAAGGAUGCCAUGGAUAGAAGCAUGAUUGAGGAGGGUUCUGGUCUGCGUCUGUUGGAAGCCUCUUCUCAAUCAAGUAAAGGCCUUUACAGUCCCUACAGUGUUAGCGGUUCUGGGUCAGCAUCCGGUUCCCGGCCCGACUCAAGAACUGGCUCCAGGUCAGGCUCCAGACGAGGGAGCUUUGAUGCCACAGGCUCUGGUUUCUCCACUAACUUUUCCCCCUCCUCCUUCAGCUCGACGAGCUAUGGGCGCAGAUAUAAUGCAGGAUUACAAAGCGGACUUAGCAUGGAUGAGCUAGCACAGGCCCUGACAUCAUCAGCAAUGGGCAGGAACUGCAGUUCUGAAGAGAGAAUAUUCACCACAAUACAACCCAAUUACUCACCAGUUGCCUAAUUCUUAUUAGAAAAAUAGACUACCUUUAUUCUGCUCUGCAUGUCAUUAUUAUGGGGCUUUUCUGCAGUAUAUAUAUUAUACAUCUUUUUGCUGGCUUUACAUUUUGUCCAUAGUUUAUUCAGUUAAAUCUUUUUGAAGUACAUUUUUGGUUGCUCUCUUUUGUUUUGUGUAGUUUGGCAAUGUUGCCAUUAUUUAUAUGCUUACAUACAGAAGAGCUGUAUUUUUAGCAACUACAAUUAUAUUGAUAAUAACAUUUUCAGUGUUAGACAUAUUUUUUUUAUUUUUAAGCCAGCUUGUUAUUAGUUCUAAUUCAUUAUACUUCUAUAGUUACAUUUUCAGACAUUUGAGUAAAAAUUUAAUUUAGAUUUUUUAUAUAUUUCUGUUAAAUUCCAUCAAAGAAAGAACAAUAUCUAUUAUAAAAUAUACCUUUUUAUGGCAAAAACUAAUUAGAUGUAAAAGCUGUUAAACGGAUGUCUGUCAUUACAAAUAUAUAGAAAGGAAAGCAUCCAAUCUGCAGAGUAGAAUAAGGAGUCACAGGACAAUUACUUAUUAUAACACUGGAAGAAAUUCUUAAACAAAAAUCAAGCUUCAAGAUCUUUUCUCAUCUCGGCUACAGUGCCGCUAAUACUUUGCUAAUGUUUGGAUUCUACCUAUCCCCUUCUUGUAAUAUACAAUGGACUACCAAUCAGUUAAAACUAUGCAGUCUUUAUACAGUCAAGCACCUUAUGGAGAGAGCAUUCCAAGGAUGGCAAUCCCAACAUAAUAUAACCUGGACAAACUCACUUGAAGUGAAAGAUGCCCCAAAUCACCAUGAAACAGCUCGGUCUCAUCUCAAGCUGAAAUAACUUCUCAGCAGAACCAUUGCUUCUCUGGAGACUUUUGAAAGCCACAUCUCCACUCCUCCUCUGUGUGCUGAUGCUUUGAUGUCUUCCAAUAUCCUGAGAACCUCAAGUCAAAAAGAAGAUCACCGGCAAUGUUCAAGACUGCACCGACAUACAUGUCCAUCAUUUGUUUUAGACUUUUUAUUUUUCAGCCAUUUAUUUAAAAAAAAUAAAGGAUUAUGUUGUUAACUGAGCAAAAUAGAAUGAAUCACUGCUUUGACCGUCUUCAACUUUGACCCUCUGCCUGCUCACCCUCCACCUGAUCUCAGUAACAGUCUUAACCACCUCCACACAAACCACAACCUCGCGUCUAACUUUGACCCUCUGCCUGCUCACCCUCCACCUGAUCGCAGUAACAGUCUUUAACCACCUCCACACAAACCACAACCUCGCGUCUAACUUUGACCCUCUGCCUGCUCACCCUCCACCUGAUCGCAGUAACAGUCUUUAACCACCUCCACACAAACCACAACCUCGCGUCUAACUUUGACCCUCUGCCUGCUCACCCUCCACCUGAUCGCAGUAACAGUCUUUAACCACCUCCACACAAACCACAACCUCGCGUCUAACUUUGACCCUCUGCCUGCUCACCCUCCACCUGAUCGCAGUAACAGUCUUUAACCACCUCCACACAAACCACAAUUGCUGUAUUGAAAUGUUUUUGUAAAAGUGCCUGCAUAUUCAAUCCAUCAAAGGCUUGCGUCGAUUACAAGGUGUGAAUUGUACUGUGAUUCACAACUGGAGAAAAAAACUGACACAGUUCCCAUAGUUCAAAGUAUAUAUUAUCAUUAUUAUCAGGUAUUUCCCAAGUUCAUGACACAAUUUAUGCAUCAUACAGUAUUCAUACCGCAUCAAAACCCUCAUAUUUCUAUAUAAUACAACUAAGAACAUUUGUACAGGGCUAAUAUUUAAAUAAAUGUUUAGAGCUAAAAAAUAAUUAUAACAUUUGAAAUGUACUGACAAGCUAUGUACUGUACACUGUAUUAUACACUGAAUGUACAAAACAUUAUGCACACCUUCCUAAUAUUGAGUUGCAUCCCAUUUUGCCCUCAGAACAGCCUCAUUUCGUCGGGGCAUGGACUACAAGGUGUUGAAAGCGUUCCACAGUGAUGCUGGCCCAUGUUGACUCUUAAUGCUUCCCACAGUUGUGUCAAGUCAGCUGGAUAUCUUUUGGGUGGUGGACCAUUCUUGAUACACAUGGGAAACUGUUGAGUGUGUCAAGAACUGCAACCCUGCUGGGUUUUUCACGCUCAACAGUUUCCCAUGUGUAUCAAGAAUGGUCAAAACUGGUGCACCUGGCACCUGCUACCAUACCACGUUCAAAAGCAGGUACAUCUUUUGUCUUGCCCAUUCACUCUCUGAAUGGCACACAAAAUCCAUGUCUCAAUUGUCUCAAGGCUAAAAAAUCCUUCUUUAACCUGUCUCCUCCCCUUCAUCUACACAGAUUUAAGUGGAUUUAACAGGUGACAUCAAUAAGGGAUCGUAGCUUUCACCUGGUCAGUUUAUCAUGGAAAGAGUAAUGUUCCCAAUGUUUUGUACAGUCAGUGUAAAUUAGAAAAAUAUCUUUAAGCUUAAUCACUUGUUGCCUCCUAAACCAGUGUUCAUAUUUUCCACCACAAUUGUUUGUUUUAUUGUUCCUUAAAAGUGCUUUCAUUUGUAAAAAAAAAUCUAAAUUUCCAUAAUAUUGUCAUACAUAUUUUAUUAUUGCUUUGCAUGUUUGAUCCCCCUUUAAAUGACAUUCAGCUUAUCUUAUGAAGGCUUCAUAAAGCCUUCAUAAGCACUACAUAAAUGUGUUACAAAGUAUCUAGCACCGUAUGUCAUGCUUUGUAAAUGGUUCAUAAUUGUGUCAUAAUCACCCAUGUCAAAUGUGACAUAACCCUCUAUGUGGAAUAUGAUAGCAACAUGUGCUUUAUAAAGGGAGACAUGUUGGGUCAAGGGAUUGGAAUACGCUCUAAAGGGAAGUCAUGUUAGUCACAUUACACCUAAUCUCAUUCCCAGACACAUCCGCCCAAAUAUGCGGAAGGUCUGCUUGACCAACACAUUAAACUUGGCCUUCAUUAGUUAGGGUUAGGUUUAAAAUCUUAUUUUAAGAAGAUCAAUUGUGGAAAUGGGCAGGGUUUAGCAAUAAUUAUGACUUUUUAACUGUGUUAACUAGUGAUGACAAGUACUUUAUUCUGUAAGGUCACUCCUAUAGAAUUCUGUGGUCACUCCACUAAGGCCAGCUUUGAAUGGUUGAUAUCACAGGCUUAAAUGUGUGGUGUGUUCAAUAGUCUAGGGAUGACAUUACACCAAGAAACACUGACCUUUAUGAAAGCCCCCAACCUAAAAACAUUGAAAAUGGCUGUCUUCUGGCGCCAAUUUACAUGUUCCUCAGUACACGCACACACAAAAACAAGCCAUACUGUGCGUUGUUGGGCCCAUCAGGUCUUUGCAAGUCCAUCAGCCCAUUUAAAUACCUCUUACAUCCUACAAUAACCUUUGGAUCAUGAUAGUUAAUAACCUAUUUAUUGACACUGUAGUGUCCUGUAAUACUUGCAUAGUCCUGUAAAGACUCUAUUUUGCAUGACGCUGUACUCAAGUCAGACCCCUUUGGUGAUUUAUAACACAUACAUAAAUGCCUUGUAUCAUAUGAAGCUGUACUGACUAUAAAGUCAAUCACCUAUGGUCAUUCAUAACAGCCCCAUAAAGGCUUAAUGAUGUAAACACAAAUGUAAUUAACACUUAAGAAAUGAUCCCUAAAAGCUAAAACAAAUAAACAUUAAAAGACAAAUACAUCAAGUUUCAAAAAGUCCAGCAAAGCAAUUAUAUUGAACAUUACACAGGACUGUGAAUACUGUAGCCUGUCCCUGAGCUAGUGGAUUGAUGGUUCUUGCCUCUCUGCCUGCUGGAGGUACUGCAUGUUGGUUCCAACCUUAAAAGUAACAAAGAAAGUUAGCAUGUCUGUUUUUCUGUGCAGCGCCAGAAACUCUAAAUGGGGAGAUGGGAAACUCCAUUUGAUUCGUAUUAUUCUAUUAUUUAAUGUACAAAUGUGAUGACAUGACUAUGAGACAUGUCUGUAUCUAAGGGGAUUUUUAUUUAGCUGAGCCUGCUAGCUAGGAACAUUUUGGCUAGCUAGCAAUUGCUGUGAAGUUACCGAAAUGAUUUGAAAUAACGACUGAGGUAGCUACAGUAUGGAAUUUAACUCAACUCUAGUCAUUUAAAUUACUAUGAAUAAAGGUUCACUUGUUUAUCACUGUCCAGUGGCACGACAAUUGGGCAUUUUGAUUUGCGAACUCAUCACAUGAUCAGCAUCUUGUCGGUAACGCUGAAAAGAAAUAGGAAUUCUUCCAAAUAAAAGUAUGUCAUGUAUUGAAUGUCAUGUAUUGAAUUCAUAGUAUAAAAGUGUCAAUAAUCUGUAUUCAUGAUAAUAUGAAAAAUUGUUGUCUAAACACUAACAAUGAUUCAUAUAUGUUCAUAUAUAAGUGACAUUUGUAUUACAUUUGGAAUGCGAACCGGCCUUUUACUCCACCCAUUCCAUUGGUGGUCAUAAUGCUAAUCACUGCACAUAAUCAUCACAUGUGCGAUUGUUCCGUAACAAAAAGCCCUCUAACCAAACAACAAUGCAGGGCAUGAGCACUGAAUUCAAGGGCAACUACACUCAAAAUAUAUGUUUCUUAGAUUUUUCACAUACCUCAAAAGUCAUCCCCUGAUGCGGCUUAAGCUUUGUAGUGAAGACAGAAAAUCAAAUGUUGUAGUUUUUCAAUUAAAAACGUGAAAGAAAAAUGAGGGAGAACCUGAAACAAUUGGGGAAAUCUGAAACCUGGAAAAACAAAACUGAGAACAUUUUAUUUGGGAAAAGAAAACAUAAGUAGGCAAAAAAUCUAAAUGGAUUUUAAAAUGCCUCACCAACGUGUUUUGCUGUGCGUGACUGCACAGAGUGUGACACCCUGCAGCACAGUAUUUUGGGGAAAGUUGAGGUCUGGUCCAAUAUUGACUAUGCACACAAGAGGGAAAGAAGUUGUACCAUCCUAGAAAUGUUUUAAAAUAAUAUCAAAUUUAGCAGACGCUUUUAUCAAAAGUGACUCACAGUCAUGCGUGAAUAUAUUUUUAUGUAUGAGUGUUUUCAGGAACCCACUCUCCUGGCAUUGCAAUGCUCUACCAAGAUGCAUGACAGGGUUCUAAAUGCUUUGUGAACCUUCAAUUUAAUAUGAUUUAUAAAGCCUUUAUUAAGCUGUGCUUAUGCCAUCGUUUAUAAAGUACAGGUUUAUGUCAUAUUUGACAUCGUGGGUUAUGUCACAUGUGAGAUUGGUGGUUAUGUCACACAGUUAUGCCACAUUUAUGAACCCUUUAUAAAGCAUGACAUAUGCUUGUAGAUGAUUUGUAACACAUGUAUGUAGUGUUUAUGAAGCCUUUAUAAGCUGCACGUCAUUUAAAGCAGGACAUUUAACUUGGUUGAAAAUAUAAAUAGUUGUAUCCAUUUGAGAAUACAUUUUUGGUUGUGAAGCCUUUUAAAAAUGUUUGAAGGAUUUACUUUAAAGUUGGGUUUUCAAGCAUGCUUACAAUGGCGUUUUGAAAGGGUGACAUUUUAUUUUAAUGUAACACCUAACAGAAUGUAAAUAAACUUAUGAGGCAUCAACACAAAAGUC